ACGUGAACCGUAUCGAACCACGCGCAUGAGACUAACCGGCAGGGCUGGCAUAACGUCACAGAGCAGCCGAAAGACAUAGCUGGAGUAGCAGGACAGGCGUAAGGCCGAGCGAAGCUGAAGGUGCUGAACCGAUUAGAAGAAAGAUGGCGGACGACCCGAGUGCGGCGGACAGAAAUGUGGAGAUAUGGAAGAUUAAGAAACUGAUCAAAAGUCUUGAAGCUGCUCGGGGAAAUGGCACCAGCAUGAUCUCCCUGAUAAUCCCUCCCAAAGAUCAGAUCUCUCGUGUGGCAAAGAUGUUGGCUGAUGAGUUUGGCACAGCCUCCAACAUCAAGAGUCGGGUCAAUCGGCUAUCUGUGCUGGGCGCUAUCACUUCUGUACAACAAAGACUUAAGCUUUAUAAUAAAGUUCCCCCAAAUGGCCUGGUGGUAUACUGUGGGACCAUUGUGACUGAGGAGGGCAAGGAGAAGAAAGUCAAUAUUGACUUUGAGCCUUUUAAACCCAUCAACACCUCCUUGUAUCUCUGUGACAACAAGUUUCACACUGAGGCCCUUACAGCUUUGCUCUCAGAUGACAGCAAGUUUGGUUUCAUAGUGAUUGACGGGAGUGGUGCCCUGUUUGGCACAUUGCAGGGCAACACCAGGGAGGUGCUACACAAAUUUACUGUGGACCUGCCCAAAAAGCAUGGACGAGGAGGUCAGUCUGCGCUGCGUUUCGCUCGGUUAAGGAUGGAGAAGAGACACAACUAUGUGCGCAAGGUGGCUGAGACAGCUGUGCAACUCUUUGUAUCCAACGACAAGGUCAACGUGGCUGGCAUGGUUCUGGCUGGGUCAGCAGACUUCAAAACUGAACUCAGCCAGUCGGACAUGUUUGACCCGAGGCUGCAAGCCAAAGUAUUGAAGCUGGUGGACAUUUCGUAUGGAGGAGAAAAUGGAUUUAACCAGGCCAUUGAGCUGUCCGCAGAGGUGCUGUCCAACGUCAAGUUCAUCCAGGAGAAGAAGCUGAUAGGACGUUACUUUGAUGAGAUCAGCCAGGACACGGGAAAAUACUGCUUUGGUGUGGAGGACACUCUGAAGGCCUUGGAGAUGGGUGCUGUGGAGAUCCUCAUAGUCUAUGAAAACCUGGAUACCAUGCGCUAUGUCCUGCGCUGCCAUGGUGCCGAGGGCAAUAUGUCUGAGAACGAUGAAAAGAUACUGUACUUAACGCCGGAGCAAGAGAAAGACAAAUCUCACUUCACAGACAAAGAGACAGGCCAGGAGCAUGAACUGAUAGAGAGCAUGCCACUGCUGGAGUGGUUUGCCAAUAACUACAAGAAAUUUGGUGCUACAUUGGAGAUCGUCACAGACAAGAGCCAGGAGGGGUCGCAGUUUGUAAAGGGCUUUGGUGGUAUUGGAGGGAUCCUACGCUACCGGGUGGAUUUCCAGGGCAUGGAAUACCAGGGGGAUGAUGACGAGUUCUUUGAUUUGGAUGACUACUAGGUAGUCCAGACUGAUGUGAGGAGAAAAAGAAAUAAUGAAUGGCUACUUCCUUUCCCUUUCUUCAACCCCCCCUCAAGAAAGUAUGAGGGAGGAAAAUGACAAGAGGGAGUGAGGAAGGGAAAAUAUCACAAAAACAUACAUAAAUGUAUCCCUGCCUUAGAACAGAGUGGUUCCAUCUCCUGGGUGGAUAUACCUGUUUAGAUUUUUUUUCCUUCAUAAAUUAAUGCAUUGAUCCGAUAGCAAUGCCAUAGCCUCCUCUGCCCUGCCCGCACUACUUUUGGACUCACUUUUGUUUCUUUUUUUCUCCAUUUUCCUUGCUUCCCUUACCCUUUUUUUAUUGAC